AAUGACCUCCGCCUUGCCUCCCCUCUGCAAUCUCUCCUCUCGUCCUCCAGGUCACCCGUAGCACGAUGUCCAACCCGCUCGUCGACAUCCACACGCACGUCUACCUCCCACGAUACGCAGAAGUGCUGCGAUCGCGCGCGACCGUACCCAGAAUUCUGACGCGCGAAGAUGGCGAGGAGCGCCUAGUCAUCCUGGACAACGAGCCUAGCGGCGGCAGGCCAGUUGGUCCGCAAUACUGGGCGCGCGAGGAGAAGUUGAGAUUCAUGGAUCUCCACGGGAUCGACAUCUCCGUCGUCAGCACCGCAAACCCCUGGCUCGACUUCUUCGAUGCAGCGGAGGCGCACACGAUCGCCAAGCAGCUGAACGACGACAUGGAGGAGUACUGCGCGUCGUCGCCCGCGUACGGCAACGGUCCCUUGAAGCGCAUCUACGGCAUGGGCAUCCUGCCCCUCGUCCCCGGCAUCUCCACCGAAGCGCUGCUGGAGUGCAUACAUCAGAUCGCCGCCGCGCCGCACCUCCACGGCCUCAUUAUGGGGACACGCGGGGUCGGGAAGGGCUUGGACGAUGAUGCACUUGAGCCGGUGUGGAAAGCGAUCGCCGACGCCGGCCUCGUCGUCUUCCUCCAUCCGCAUUACGGCGUUGACAGCAGCGCAUGGGGCGAGAAGGACAAUGGUCACGUCCUCCCCCUCGCGCUCGGCUUCCCCUUCGAGACCACCACGGCCAUCACCCGCCUCAUCCUCGCCGGCGUCUACGACCGCGUGCCCGACCUCCGCAUCCUCCUCGCCCACUCCGGCGGCACGCUCCCGCAGCUCUCCUCCCGCCUCGCCUCCUGCAUCGACCACGACCCCGUCGUCGCCGCGCGCCUCCAGCACGACGCGCGCUUCUACCUCGGCAAGCUCUUCUUCGACGCCGUCGCCUACGGGCCCGAGGAGCUCGGCUUCGUCAGCGAGGUCGUCUCGCGCGCGGCGCGCUACGCGCCGGGCGCGGACAAGACCACCUUCGUCGCGGCGAGCAGGAAGGCAGGGUCGGAGCGGAUGAUGUUCGGCACGGACCAUCCGUUCUUCCCGCCGCUGUCGUCGACAGAGAAGUGGAAGAGCGUCGUGGAGAACUUGGAGGCGAUCGACACCGUGACGGGGUGGGAUAAGGCAGAGAAGGACGGGGUGCGUGGCGGAAAUGCGCUGAAGAUCUUCGGUAUUUUGUAGUAUAUGAGUCUUCAGUGCUGGGUAUAGACGCGUUUUCGUU